AUGGCAUAUAUUCUAGAAAGAGAAUAUAAGGAACUAAGAGAGAAAGUUUCUGAUUUGGAGAAAAGUCUGAAAAAGAAACAAGAAAAUGCAAAUGUAUUUUAUGAGAAUCAUGCACAUUUAGUUUGGGCUAAUGAGAUGAAACAAGAAUUGAAUAAAACUGAAGAAGAAAAGAAGUUUCUACAAGCAGAGAUUGAUGAACUUCUUGGUAAAGAUAUUUAUCUCAGUGCAAGACAAAAGACAGACUUUGAUAUGUUAAGGGACAAUUCCAUACUGAAAUCUAGAGUUUAUGAAAUUGAGAAAAUUUUAGAAUCUGAAAGAAAAGAGUCAAAGGAAGAAAAGAAAAGGAAUGUAAAGCAGAUCAAAGAGAAUGGUGAGUUGACAAAGAAAAUUCAUAAAGCUAAGAAUGAAUUGACUGCUAAAAGGAAAUUACUGGAAAAGGAGAAGGAUAAGCUAAUAGAGGUUGAAAAGAGAUUUGAUGCUGAAAGAAAGACUUUUGAAAGAAAAAUAAAAGAUUUAUAG